AAUGACUAUACCAUUCAACAAAUUUAAACAUGUGUUGACAUAACACGAGUUAAUUGCUAUAAAUGUUAGAUGUGUAAUCGUAUAAGCUUCUUUGGACUAUUACGUAGCACUUGUGGUGUUGCUUGCAAAUUUUUAGGGGUCGACUUCUCUCUAUACGGCUCAAACAGACACAAGUGUCCCCAAUUUGAGCGCAGAGACAAAAGACAGGCCGUCCUACGCAUCACAUUACACCUGAGAGUCGCAGACAUUACGGCACAGCAUCACGUGACAAGAAGCGCUGCCGCGUUGCAGGGAGUGCGAGGACAUUUGCUCUGAGCAGUUUCAACAAAAGUUUGCAUCUCAUGCGGCGAUUCACGUCUUUAGAUGGAUCUCCAAAAGAUCAAAUAACGGCGCUCUUAGAUGAUCUCGAACUCCGUGUUGAAAAAAUACGAGAGAUGGCCGUUCAGGUGGAGGACGGGAAAGAACAAUUACUUCAGACUUUGUGUGAGUUGCAGGAUGGUGUCGAUAUGAAUAGACUAUCAGAGGUAGAUAAGGAAGAACUAAAGCUGACAGCAGAAAGAGUGAUGAAUCGUUGUCUUACCAUCUCAGUUCAAGUAGAGACGAUAAGAAGCAAAGAACAAGAGUCUGCCUGGCAGGCAAUUAGUAAAGUCAUAAAAGAACUGGCAGACAAGAGCGAAGUAGACGUUAGCAGUACACACAAAGCGGCUGUCGCUUGUUACAACGCCUGCCUAUCUGAUCCUCCUUCUAAUGCUAUUGACUAUCGUUUUCAAGGAAUGCUACUCGACUGUUGCGUAGAAGACCAGAAACGUGUUCGAAGUCGUCUGCUACAACUCAUUGAAGACACACAGGCCGGCAACAGACCUGAAGGAACAAGAGACGGGCACAUAUGCACGUACCCACCACUUAGUGGAGCAGCAAGACAAAAGUACGAUCCGAACAAACCUCUUGCAAUUGGAAGAUCAAGUGAAGCGAGCAGCUGCGAUGGUGAGACAAAACCAGACGCCAUUCGACUGCACAGUCCCGAUAGCUACGUAGACAGGGACUACUUACCGCAAGAGGGCUGUUCGUCGGCUCUUGGAACAGCAUUUAAUACUUCUUGUACGUAGUUGUAGUGUUUUACGUGCACGUGACGACCCGCCCAAUGAAUAAUUGAAGACAUAGUUGGUCUUAGCACGUGACUACCGGAUUUAGCAACAAUUAGUGGGUGGGUUGCCGGAUUUUAGCUCAACCCUCAACGUCAGUCAUUAGCCUGUGUCGCGGCGUUUCCUAGUUAGUUUGACGUUGGUAGACGAAGCGGUGUCAUGAUGAGAUUUACCAUUUUCUUGCAAUUUCUUUGUUGGACAUCACUACUGGCUGUUGAUGCCUAUUAUUAUGUGCGGCCGUCGGCACCAAAGUGUGGAGUGGGUCACUGGUCAGACUGGUCUCCUUGGCAGCCCUCCUGCCCAUCGUGUUCAAGUCAUGCAGCAAAGAGAUCCCUCGAUGAUGACAGCAUUGAAAGAGAUCGACGCAGUUAUCCUUAUGGUGGCAGUUAUUCUUACAGUGGCAACCAACGUGUUAUCCAGAAGCGAUUCAGGUCAUGUACUGGAGGGAGAUGUAUAGGGAAAAGGAAAUGCUAUGGACGAUCUGCUCAGCAACGAUA